UUAGAUCUCCUCUGACCUGAAUGCUACAGUUGAUGGAUACUUUUCAGUCUGUACAACUGAAAAAAAUUAACAGGAUCCUUGGAUGUAUUUUAUAUAUUAUGUGAGAUAUCUCAGUUACAGAGAACUGAAGAUAGGAGGCUCUCCUGGAGGAGUUUAGAAUCAUUCAUGAGGUUUCUUACCUUCGAUUUCAAAAUUGUCAUUUCAAAUAUUUGCCAGUGGUUAACAAUUAAACACUAAAUCUGAGGCUCGGAAGAAGGCUAGGGAAAGAAAAUCUUCUAAAUACACAGAUAACUCUUCACCAUGAAACCAUUACCAGCGCUGGUGUUUAUUUUUUGCCUUUCACUUUGUGCUUUCGGGCAAAAGCAACAUGCAUACCUGAUAGAAGAAUGUGUAAGCAAAGGCUACACUCAGAAUUCUUGCGACAAAGUUUUCUGCCAGGGAUGGCAGAGGUGUGUUCGUGGCUCCUGUCUCUGUAAGCUACCCUACCAAUGCCCCAAAAAUGGUAGUUUGGUUUGCUCUAAUGGUGGGAUGACUUUCCGGACUUACUGCCAACUAAAAAGUUAUGAAUGCCAACGUAACUCAAACAGUUUUGUGCACAGAGGAAGUUGCAGCCUUAAAGAAACUUUUCAAGUUGUCUUGGACCCUGAAACUGCAACCUCUGAGGGAAUUGUUCAAGUGAAGUUGAAUCAGCCCCAGAAGACAUAUAUAUGUGGAGAAGGAUGGACUAUACAUGAAGCAAAUGUGGUCUGUAGAGAACUUGGUUUCCCAGAAGGUGCUGAUUUAAUACAGUCGGAUGAUGCAGAUAAUCUCACACAUCCAUUACAAUGCCUUCAGGCAACAUGCAGAGGGAUAGAAACUAGCCUAGCUGAAUGUACUACAAGUCAACUGAAUCAAAAUAAUCAAAAGGUGGCGAAGGUGAUGUGCCACACACAGCACAAAGAAUGUUCUCCCCGAGAAUUCCGCUGUGUCAACCAAAAAUGUAUCCCUUCACGUAAGACAUGUGAUGGAAUCAAUGACUGUGGUGAUUUAAGUGAUGAAGUCUGUUGCAAAGUAUGCAGAGGGAAGAGUUUCCACUGUAAGUCAGAUGUAUGCAUUCCAAACCAGUACCUCUGUAACAACGAAAGGGACUGCCUCACAGGAGAAGAUGAAAGUUCCAAAUUGUGUGAGAAAAGACUCAAAACUGAACCAGUGGUACCAAAUCAACAUUCAUUUACGGAGGCAGCUGAAAAUCAUACUGAGGCAACAGGAGAAGCAGGACAUGUUGCGGUGUCUAUGGAUGAAGAAAGAAAAAGGAUCAAAACACUUUACCCCCAACCAUACUGUGGCAUUGCAAACCACACAGUUACUCGUCGGAAACGAAUCUUGGGAGGAAAUACUGCAGAAAAGCAUGAAUUUCCAUGGCAAGUUGCAAUUAAAGGUGAAAGGGAAAGAAUAAGCUGUGGUGGCGUUUAUAUUGGGGGCUGCUGGGUUUUGACUGCUGCACAUUGUGUUAGGGCAAGCCGUGCGCACGUUUAUAAAGUAUUUACUGGAAUGCUAAACUCAAUAAAUGUGACUAAAGGAACCAUCGUCGCAUACAAUUUAAAGAAAGUAAUAGUUCAUGAGAAUUACAAUUCAAAAACAUAUGAAAAUGACAUUGCUUUGCUGGAGAUGAAACCCAAUGACAUGGGGAAAUGUUAUCCAAUUGAUACUGUGCCAGUAUGUGUUCCCUGGUCCAAAUAUAUGUUCAAAGGUGGUGAGCAGUGCAAAGUGUCUGGCUGGGGAUAUGAUGCAGAUUUUACAAGGCAAUAUGCCCUGAAGUGGGGCUACAUUUAUUUAAUGGAAAAUUGUUCUGAAAUCUACAAGAACCGGUAUUUUGAAGGAAUGGAGUGUGCAGGUACACAUGAUGGUUCUGUAGAUUCUUGUAAAGGUGACUCAGGUGGUCCCAUGGUUUGUUUUGAUUCCAACAAUGUGGGAUAUGUUUGGGGUAUUGUAAGCUGGGGUGAAAAUUGUGGUGUAAAGGGGUUCCCAGGGGUCUAUACAAAGGUGGCUAAUUAUUUUGAUUGGAUUGGUCGCUAUACCGGAAUGUCUCUUAUUGCUCAACAUAACCAGUAAUAGUAGAAUGCAAACUAUUUUUCCUUUCUGCCUUACAAUAGACUAUGAUUGAUUAGACCACUGGAGGGUUAAUCUAGCCAAGGUUAAGGUUUUCAAAGGCCCACCUGCUUCAGUGAAGGAGAUGGACAGCAAAAUCCUCAGAAGUAGGUUUUGUGAGUUUAGUUAGACUUCUUCUCACGUAAGUGUUUUCACUUAAUAUUUGAGAUUUAUUCUCAUGGGGCCCAAAAUCACUUAGCCAUUUCUUCGUCCUGUCUCGGGAGAUUAGCACUUAUGUCUUGGGAGAUCUUGCAUUUAAAUUUAAACUUGCCAUGGAGUUUCAUAAAUGAUUAUAGCAUAUUUGUUGUACACGGACUGUAUAUUCAAAUAAAAGUGAUGCAUAUGCCAAGCAAUUUA